CCCCACAGAUUGCUAUUCAAAGUAGAACUUGAAUUCACUCUGUAAACAUGAACUGCCUGAAGAUCUGCGGCUUUUUCUUCGCUCUGAUUGCGGCUUUGGCGACGGCAGAGGCUGGUACCCAAGUCAUUAAUGCUGGCGGCCACACUCUGGUUCAAACGGAUCACUCUCAGUACAUUCGCAAAAACUAAAAACGCAACACAAAUAAUUGUUUAGGCCAAUAAAAAUGAUUUAAAACGGAAAAGCAAAA